GUGAGAAGUAGGAGUAGUCUUGUGAAGACUCCUUACAAGCCACCGGUGAUGAAGUGUAGAAGGGAAAGGAAAGGGGUUGUUGAGCUUCGACAGCUUGAGCAGAAGCGUGAAGAGCUCUUGGUAGCGUAUGCAGAGGCUGAAAGAAGAUAUGAUCUUCCUAGGAUGUUCCAUUUGAAAAAUCGCUCUAUUUAUGAUGCAGAAACCAGGAUUGCAGAACUUGAAGGUAGUACCAACGAAAAAUUGAUUUUGAGGGAGACAGUUGGACCAGAACAAAUUGCAGAGGUGGUCAGCCGUAGGAAUGGCAUACCUGUCACGCGGCAUGGCCAGAAUGACGAAGAAAGGUUAGUUGGACUUGGGGAAAGGUUGCAUAAGAGAGCAGUAGGGCAAGACAGGGCAGUUGAAGCUGUCGCCGAGGCAGUUUUAAGGUCAAGAGCGGGGCUAGGAAGGCCACAUCAGCCUACUGGCUCCUUCCUGUUCUUGGGUCCAACUGGUGUUGGUAAAACUGAGCUUGCGAAGGCGCUUGCUGAACAACUUUUUGAUGACGAAAAUCUGAUCGUCAGAAUUGACAUGUCCGAGUAUAUGGAACAACAUUCAGUUUCGCGCUUAAUUGGCGCCCCCUCUGGGUAUAUGGGUCACGGUGGAGGUGGGCAACUCACAGAGGCCGUGAGGCGGAGGCCUUACUGUGUUGUAUUGUUUGAUGAAGUGGAGAAGGCUCACACUGCCGUUCUCAACACUCUCCUCCAAGUCUUGGAUGGAAGACUAACUGAUGGACAAGGCCGUACAGUCGAUUUCAGAAACACGGUGAUCAUCAUGACUUCGAAUUUGGGGGCAGAACAUCUCCUCUCCGGUUUGAUGGGCAAGUGUUCGAUGGAGGUUGCGCGCGAUCUAGUUGUGCAUGAGGUGAGAAAGCACUUUAGGCCUGAGCUGCUGCAUCGUCUCGAUGAGAUUGUUGUGUUCGAUCCUCUUUCUCGCAAUCAACUGAGGAAGUUUGCCAGAUUGCAAAUGAAAGAUGUUGCAGUCCGACUGGCUGAGAGGGGCGUCGCGUUGGAAGUUACAGACGCAGCAUUGGAUUACAUUCUAGACGAAAGUUAUGAUCCCGUUUACGGUGAUAGACCUGUUCGGAAAUGGCUCGAGAAGAGCGUGGUGACAGAGUUGUCGCGGAUGCUUGUGCGAGAAGAAAUAGAUGAAAACUCGACCGUGUACAUAGAUGUACCGGCGGAACCCAGGCUGGUGUAUCGGGUUGAGAAGAACGGAGGACUUGCCAAUGCGGCAAGGUGGUAGAAGUCAGAUGUGUUGAUCCAGAUUUCAAAUGCCAACGGGGCCAAGGUCUGAUGCAGAACAGGCUGUUAAGAAGAUGGAAGAUUGAGGAAAUAGAUGAAGACUAGAUAGUAAUGCCCGCACAUUGUUGCGGGAUUAAAAAUAAAAGUCACUAUAGAUGAAAUUAAUAAAUUGUAAUAGUUUAAAUAAGAACAAUAGUUGAUGUUGGAGAGUUGACCUUUUGUAAUUAGUUUAGUUACCUAUUUGAGUCCUUAUAGUUAUUUGAUGUUUCUUUUCUUAUAAAUCACUCUUGUACAUUAUAUAUUUUCCUCCUUGGUGAGAAGAAUAAUAUCAGAAAAUUAAAUCCCAAAA